AUGUUUUCGUCGCGCUGUUUUUCGAUUUUUGUGAUUUUUUCUUGUGUACUAUUGACAGGUAAGAUCUUUGAUUUUUAAAGGGAGGUACAGUAGGAAAGAGAGAAAUGGGAGAGAAAAUGGAUAUUAUUCAAGUUGGUAAAUUUGCAAAAAUUCAUGAAUUUUUACAAAAGUUUUAAAAAUUACUUUUUUCAGAUUCCAGUUGAAAAAAAUCUAAGAAUUUCCAGGCUUGAAAAAAACUCAAAUUUUUAGAUUUGGAUUAAAAUAGGCUUAAGGCUUAAGCAUUUUAGGCCUUUUCAGUCUGAAUGACAACUUUUUUUUGAGUUAGGUUAAGUUCUAAUUUUAGAUUAGGAAUUUUGCAGGCAUUAUUCACUUUGCAAUAUGUCAAAUACAGUAGUUCCGUUUUUGAACCGACAAAAUUUUUAACAUUUCAAUGUUCCACGUCAUAACUUUUCCACGCAUUUUGCUCAAUGGCUCUUUUCUUUUGAUAAAACAAAAUUUCAUGUAAAUCGAAUUUUCUUGCUGCCACCAAAAAAAGUUCCCAAAAUCCAAUUCAAUUUGGCCCUCGUUUUUCCCGUUUCUCAUCCCUAGGUAAUCUUCGAACAUCCAAAAAAAAAUAUCUAUUUUUCUUCAUUAAAAUCGCAAAAGCCCCGGAAAAACAAUUAAUUUCAGGUCGGCGGUCUGAAAAACAACAAAAAAAAAGAAAAUCCCUGUGUGUUUUUUUGGAAAUACAUAGAAUAAAAGGAAAGGAAAAGGUGGUUGAAUAAUUCAACUUGUAAGAGAAAACAAUGGAAAUUUCUAGGACAAAAAAUUGAAGUUUUUUAAAGAAAAAAAGAUGUGGCUAACACGUCAUCACAAAAAAAACGGACUUUUGUAGGGUGAAUGGGGAUAAUUAAUAUGAGCAAUCCUAAAAUCUUCUAGAGAAAUCGUUUUCAACGAUACUCCGCGUUUACGCCUGGAUAUUUCAGCGGCACAAUUUGAAAAUUCAAAUUUUUUUUCGAAUAAACACAUUCCUCGCGGAAAUUGUUUUGUUUUGUUUUUUCUCUAACAAUUUUCAAUUAACUAACUCUGCACUAUUAUCGUCAAAGUACAGUAGUCAUUUUCAUUUUCAUUCUCCUUUUAAAUUCUCGCUUUUCUCGAAACCCCUAAUCUUGAACACUACACAAUUUAAAUUUCAAAAGGAACAACGAAAAAACAUCCGGGGAACGUUUUUUUUUCUCGCUUUUCUCGCAUCAGAAAGUGAGGAAAAACAAGAUUCCUUUUCUUAGGCUCAAAUUAGUGUCAAUGUCAAUUUUUCAUAAAUUGAGAGAUUCUGAAAGGGUUCAGAGAUGAUUUAUUUACAAUAACCAAAAAAAAACAACGAUACUCCGAUUUUUGGUGAAAGUAGAAAAUACAGACCUGGGGAAACUCGGAAAAUUUUCAUUUUCAAAUUUUAAGGUUACUGUAAUUUUUCUGAAAUUUUAGAAAAUGAACUUCGGAUAAUUGGGAUGUUAUUUUUCUUAAUAUUCCUGGAUUACGGUAUUUUCUACUACUGUAGAAAAUAGCUCCACGAAUAAACUGGCCAAAACUUGAACGAGCAAUCCAACAUAAGAUUAUUAUUGCUCAUAUUAAUUUCUUUGAGGAUUGCUCAUAUUAUAAUUAAUUUCCUCAUAGUAUUUGGUACACAAAAUUGGGUUAGUGUCAAUUUGAAGUUUUAAAAUAUUUUUCUUGGCUCGAAUUUUUACGUGAGCCUUCGAGGAAAAGAGAACUUCAUACUGUAGUAGUUUUUGAAAAAAGAGAUAACUUUUUUCACCAAAAAAAAUUCCUGAUCAAAGUUCGUUCGUUCGAAAAACUUCCUUCCCACUUACAUUCCUUCCGUUCUUUUUUUCGAACAAAACCAGAAAAACCAAAUAAAGAAACGAAAUCCCGUGAGAAUUCACAAGAAAAAGCCCAUUUUUUGUGGUGAUGUUAUCGGAAAAUGAUGAAUGAAUGUGAGCUGAACUAGAGAAAAAACGAGGGUCCGCUGAGACAUUUUAUAACUCAAUUUUAUAGGUGUCUUUGUCUUUUUGAAAGCGAAAAACGAAAAUAAAAAACCUGGUUCAUAAAUGAAUAAUAGAUUAGACUUUGAUGUCAAAAAUGUGAAUUUUAAAAGGUCGAUUUUUUUGUUCCGCGUUUUCUAGGGGAUAAAAAAUUAGAAACUCCGGAACUAAAGAAACAUUCGAGAAUCUGAAGUUAUUGGUUUUCGUGAAAAAUUAUGAUCCAAUAUUUAUCCAGAAUGAAAAAAACUCAAUUUUUUACGUUUCAAAAGUUUUAGAAAAUAUCUAAAAACUGAUCUUGAGAAUUUGUUUUCUAAUCAUCAAGUAUGAAAUUUUGAUUGUCCGAAGUUAGUCUAAGUCUGAUACUACAAAUUUUGUUCGCUAGAGCGCAUUUGCUUCCAAUGAACCCAAAAUUCUUUCAUUUCAGUGCUCACAAGUGCUCAAUUCAGCGACGACGAUGAAAAUGACAAUGAGAAGCGUGGCGGAGCUCGAGCAUUUCAACUAAAACGUGGCGGAGCCCGAGUAUUUUCGGGUUUCAAUGAAAAACGCGGUGGAGCACGAGCAUUUUCGGAUAUUGCAGAAAGUGGAGAAGAGGAGAAACGUGGCGGAGCCCGAGCAUUUCAAUUGAAACGCGGUGGUGCACGAGUUUUCUCGGGAUUCAAUGAUAAGAGAGGUGGAGCACGAGCAUUUUCGGGAUAUUAUGAUGGAGAUGAGAAACGCGGUGGAGCUAGAGCUUUUGUUGGAGAUGAUGAGAAAAGAGGUUGGAUUUUUUUUUGGGAUUGGGGUUCCAGAAAUUUUCUUAGAUUUUCGUAGAUGCGAGAAAAAACUACAAUUGAGAAUUUUUGUUAUAAAAAAUUCCACUGUUUCAAAAUUUCAAUAUGAAAAAAAUUUGAAUAAUCGAAUUCGAUAGGCAAAUCUUUUCUUUUCAGAAAAUUGCACAGUAAAAAAUUUACUUUUUCAAAAAUUAUGUAUGUCAUAGAGCUUUUGUGAAUCUAUAGAAAAAUUAAGAUAAAAAUUAACACUAACAGAAAUUUUUGCAGGAGGAGGCCGUGUUUUUUCAAAACGUGGUGGAGCUCGCGCCUUCAUUGAUAACUCAAAACGCGAUGAAGAUAUGAUGAUGGUUCAACCAGCUUAUUAUGGUUAUGGUUUGUAA